UUGACAAACAACAUUUAACCUCAGGAGAAGAAGAUUAGUUUCACUGCGCUCUCUGUUUUGUCGUCAUGCUGUUUCAAUAUAGAUUGUUGGAAAUGUUGUUUCUGUAAAUAGAAAAUACAGUUUUUGAGUCAGGUCAGUAAAUACCUGUAAUAUACUCAUCCUCACAGUCGUGACUAAGUUUUGAAGCAAGCAGGAAUAUCUGGAGGAGUAUCAUCUGAACUGAGAUCUGCUGCUGUGAAGAUGGAGUUUGUUAAAGAGGAGAGUGAAGAGAACACAAGUGAACCAGAAACCUGGAGAAUAAAACACGAGGAGCCAGAAACACAGAUAAUAAAACAUGAAGAACCAGAAACCCGGAAAAUAAAUCACGAGGAACCAGAAACAUGGAGAAUAAAACACGAAGAACCAGAAACUCGGGGGAAAAAACACGAGGAGGCAGAAACAAAAAUAAAACACGAAGAACCAGAAACCCGGAAAAUAAAACACGAGGAACAAGGAGAGUAUAUUGAAGAAAAUGAGGAGAAAGAGAUGGAAGUGGAGGAGAGAAAUCAUAUUAAAACUGGAAAAAAACCUUCAAGAUGCUCUCAAAGGAACAAAUUGUCAAGAAAAAAUGGUAUUGAUGUUCACAUGAAACGGCACACUUGUGAUCAGUGCGGGAAGAAUUACACACGAAAAGAACACCUUAGAGCACACAUGAGAGUUCACACUGGAGAGAAACCGUUUAAUUGUGAUCAGUGCGGGAAGAGUUUCACACGAAAAGGACUACUUACAGCACACAUGAGAGUUCAUACUGGAGAGAAACCGUUUAAUUGUGAUCAGUGCGGGAAGAGUUUCUCACAAUUAUCACAUCUUUAUGCACACACAAAUGUUCAUACUAGAGAGAAACUGUACGCUUGUGAUCAAUGUGACAAAAUGUUUUUGAGGGCUUCACACCUGCAGCAACACCUGAGAGUUCAUACAAAAGAGAAACCACAUUUAUGUCAUUUGUGUGGAAAGAGUUUUUCACGUCUACAACAUUUGAAAGGGCAUCAGAAAAUACAUACUGGUGUGAGAGAGUACAUGUGCUUUGAGUGUGAAAAGACUUUUACUUCAGCGAGCAGUUUAAAACUGCAUGAGAGGAUCCACACUGGAGAGAAACCCUACAAAUGUUCACACUGUGACCAGAGCUUCAGUUAUUCAUCAAGUCUGAAAACACAUGAGAGGAUCCACACUGGAGAGAAACCUUACAAGUGUUCAUACUGUGAACAGAGAUUCAGUCAGUCAGGAGUUGUGAAAACACAUGAGAGGAUCCACACUGGAGAGAAACCGUAUCACUGCACUGAAUGUGGGAAGUGUUUCAGCAAUACAUCUUCUCUACACAGUCAUACAAAAAACAUUCACAGUAAAUAGGCCUAGGUCAUCUUCAGAUUUGACGCUGCCUCCCAGUACUGCCACUCCCUAUACGCAGAGUAUGCGAAGAGAAACUCCUUUCUGAUAUUGCUCCAUUAUUUUUCACCGUAGCAUUGGGGGAAUUGGUGACUUCUGAGAGACACUACCACUCUGAGAGGCUCUUUUUAUACACAAUCAUGUUAACACUUGACUUAAGUUGCAAAUUGGUCAUCCAGCCGUUCCUUAUAUGUACAUUUAACUUCUCCUGCCUCUUAUAGCUACCUGUACCAACUUUUUUGGAAUGUGUAGCUCUCAUGAAAUCCAAAAUGAAUCAAUAGUUGGCAUGACAUUUCAAAAACUCUCACUUUCAACAUUUGAUAUGUUAUCUCUAUUCUAUUGUGAAUCAAAUAUAAGUUUAUGAGAUUUGUAAAUUCUUCAUUCCUUUUUUACUCACAAUUUGUAGAGUGUGCCAACCCUUUAAAUCGGGUUUGUAGAUGCAGGAUUUACUGUCAUGUUGAUUUGUAAUUGAUCUGUUUUGCUUCUCUUGAAAAAAAAAAGGAUCUAAAUGGAUUAAAUGUGCCCUUCUUUCAUUAAAGUAAAAAAAGGAAUACUGUUAAAGAA